AUGUUCAGCGCCACCCGCGCCGAGGCCCGUGCCAGGUGCCCGCGCCCGCGCCAGGUCGGACGCGCCCCAGCCCAAGACUUCCCGGCCGAGUGCCCUGCCUGCAGACAAGCCUUCUGCCCCGAGGAGCGGUGCCGGCUCGUGGGGGACUUCUACGCGAGAAAGGCGGGCGCGGGCGCUGGCGCCCAGGGCCUGGCGCCGAUGGACGUCGACACCACCGAGGCACCGACUCUCCCAGGCACGGAGGGCUGGGAGCUCGUCGGAGCGUGCGAGGGGCCGGGCGAGUUGGAGCGCGUGGACUUGCAGGUGUGCAUGUGCCUCGACGUGACGGGUUCCAUGCAGUCCAUGCUCGACGGCGCCAACGCGGGCUGA